AUGGCCGUCAGCACACUUGCGAAGUGUGCAGAGCUUGUGCGCUCCUACGACCGGUACUGCGAAAAGCGCCCGGAGGGCGCCAUGGCAUACGCAGAGUUUGUUAGCUCGGACCUGCCAUCUCUCCAGUUGAUGGCUAAUAGCCCGAAAGACGUUUGUGCCUUGCACGCAGUGCAGAUGGCGCUUGAGUUGAUGGGUAGGCUGGACCAAGAAGGUGCAGUGUUGAAGAAGCUAAGCGAGCAGUUUAUGCAUCGGAUGGUCUGCAAUGAUUUGAGCCUGCAGGGUGGGUGGAAGCAUGCAUAG